CCUGCACCCGGUCUGUAUUGUGCCUUUGUGUGAAGUCAGAGGGGAGAGACUGAGUCCACAAACCUUAACCUGCGGUUGUUUGUACUGGAUUACUUUCAAAACAAGCUUGUGACAUGGAGGUCAGCACUGAGGCCAAGAGGAUCAUGGUCGUGGCUUUGGGGAAACUGUACAGCUCCCGCUCCCAGCGAGGGGGUCUCCGUCUCCACCGGAGCCUCCUCCUGACUCUGGUGAUGAAAUCCGCCCGGGACAUCUAUCAUGCGGCCCAGGCGACGGCGGAAAGUGUUGCAUCAGGAUGUGAACAACACUCCACGGCUGAGGGGAACACCGAGCCUACCGGCGCUCACCUGGAGCGCCAGGGUCCCGCUUCGCUUGCCACCGGAAAGCCUAGGACUUUACCCCGAGAGGAGGUCGUAAGUUCUCCAAGAGAGGUGCGCCGCAACGCACAGACGCGUACCGGAACAGAAAACAAGGAGAAUCUGUGCCCGACUGGCCCGGCACAGCACUCGAGGAAAAGACGGGGCAAAGCGGCCGUCGAGCCGGACUUUCUGCCUUGCAAGAAAGCAAAACUUGAGCAGGGGAACUGCCCUCAACAGCUCAUUGUAAAUUCCGUGUUGAUGGACUAUGUGAACUGCAGCAGUGAACUGGGAUCACCCCCAACCCCCGUGCCUCUACAGAGAGCCAUUGCAGCGUGUUGAAACCCUGCGCAGAUUAUAGGCAAUAAACAUUUCGACACUGCCUGAGAGCCUGACGCGCCUACAGUGGGCCUGUGUCAGGAUUUGUACGAACACCCGGGACAGUGACUCUUAGAAGUUCCAAGCAUGACUCUGAACAGGCCGGGGCAUGCUACAGGAAGCACGGAAGCGGCACAGUUGGUGCGUCGUAGUCUCGGUGACUUUUGGCCUAGUUGUUGGCCAGUUUACUAUGGGGAUUAAGUGAGUCCCUGGCCAAAGGCGGAACUAAAGGAAGUGGUUCAUCUGGACUUGAGCUGCCUUUAUGAACAUGUUAAGAAGCAGGCUGUUGCUCUACUCAACAAAUUUAACAUUUUAAGACUGUGUUAAGGUGUAUGGAGACCACAGUGGCUGAAGAUGAGAAAUGUGUUGAAUUCAAGUGUAAAACAUUCAAUGACUACAACUACCUCAGUAUUUAUUAAACAUUUUUGUACUUCA